AUGGGCUACUUGAACUCGUCCGAAAGCCUUCUGUCACUGGUCCGUCCUGAGCUUGACUCACUCGUGUGUUACUGGUUGGCUGCUCUCCGAGACUCCGCGCUACUAUCGCUUCCGGCUCAAUUCGCUGAUCAAAUGCCAUCUGGAGGAGGAGCCUUUUAUAAGGCGGAGAGUGCUGAUGCUCCACAAACGUGGCCAGAUAAUCGGCGAGAGUCCAGGUUCCAUCUGAUGAUGGGUAUUGCUGUCGAAGCACUGUGCAGUAGGACCACCUACGCGGAUGAUCAUACUAUUCAGAGCUGUGUACGAGCUAUACAUGCAUUACUGCAGUGUGAAUGGUGUCAACUACAGCUAAUGUCCGACAUACGAUUAGCGAUCGAAUUGUGCAAUGUUUUGCACCGGUAAGA